GGCGCGCGAUUUGCUGCUGGCUGUCGUCUGCUUGUUGGUUGUCGGCGAUCUCCGUCCGAACAGCGGGAUGAUGUCAGAGGCUCGUCAAUUCGGCUGGAAGGAAUGGUGGAAGAACACGAUCAUCUACCAGAUCUACCCGAGGUCCUUCAUGGACGCUGACGGCGAUGGCGUCGGCGAUCUGAAAGGUAUCACAAGUCGUCUCCAGUACUUUGUCGAUAUCGACGUCAGAGCCAUAUGGAUCAGCCCGAUCUUCAGUUCCCCCUUCGCCGACUUCGGGUACGACAUCUCCGACUUCAAGGACAUUGAUCCGGUCUUCGGGACCCUCGAUGACUACGACGCGCUGAUCAAGGAAGCACAUAGACUAGGACUGAAGGUGAUUUUGGACUUCGUACCGAACCACUCAAGUGAUCAGCACCCUUGGUUCUUGGAGAGUAAGAAGAAUCGGGACUACCGCAACCCGUAUCGGGACUAUUAUGUUUGGAAAGACCCGAAAGCCGGCUGUACCUCGGUCGACCCGCGGGAAUGCUUGCCGAAUAACUGGAUCGGUGUUUUCGGUGGCUCAGUUUGGGAGUGGGUCGAGGAAAGACAACAGUUUUAUAUGCAUGCCUUCCUGAAAGAACAACCCGAUCUGAACUACCUCGACGGUAUAGUCAGAGACGAGAUGAAGGACGUUGUCCGUUUCUGGAUGGAGCGGGGUGCUGACGGUCUCCGCGUGGACGCCGUGGCUCAGCUCAUCGAAGACCAUUACAUGAGAGACGAACCUCCCGAUCCAGCCUAUAAACCGACUGGUAAAGAGACUAGGCCCCAAUGGACAAGCCUCCUUCACAACUACACCUUUAACCAUCCUGAGCACCACACCUCCAUUAGGUCAUGGAGAUCUGAUGUCAUGGAUAAAUAUAGCACCGAGCCAAAUUACAGAUUCAUGAUGACGGAGACCUACGACGAACCGGCUAACCUCCUCGACUAUUACGGCACCGAGGACGGGGCCGAGGCCGACUUCCCUUUCAACUUCCAACUCAUCAGUCUCAAUGCUGACAACCUAUCGGGGAACAAGGUCUUCCAGCUGGUGGAUGAUUGGAUGAAGGUCACCCUAGGAGACAAGUGGCCAAACUGGGUGAUCGGCAAUCAUGACAAUUUCCGCGCUGGACACCGUCUCGGCAAGCAGUUUGCCCGAGCUGCCAAUGUGCUGAACCUCCUACUACCCGGUACACCGACCACGUACUACGGGGAAGAGCUGGGCAUGGAACAUAUCAGUGUUACCUUCGAAGAGACGCAGGACCCUUCGGGAAAAAACAACCCGUGUUGCUGGGAAGCCUACUCACGUGAUCCUGAACGUUCUCCUAUGCAGUGGAAUACAGAGAAGAACGCUGGGUUUAGUACUGCACAGAAGACAUGGCUACCAGUACACGAAAAUUACUUGACGGGACUGAACGUUGAGUCACAACUCAAGGAUCCCAAAUCGAUGCUCAAUCUCUACAAGUCACUCGCGAAAAUCCGCAAGCUCCGCCCAGCUUUCCACACCAACACUCUCCAGUACUCCGUCGUCAACGAGAACAUCUUCUCUUUCCUGCGCGCGCCAGCCGCCGACGAAUCACAGUACCCGUCUUAUCUGGUUGCCAUCAACUUCGGCAAGAGCGGUCCUGUGAUUGGUGAUUACGCCGGUGCACUUCGGACCAAUGGCGUGGCGCUGAAGUCGAAUGUGGGCGUGGUCGAAAUUAGCUCGAACGUGGAUCGAAAUGGGGAGAAAGUGCCGCUCAACUCUAUAGAGCUUCGAUCUGGCGAGGCAUUGGUUGUCCGAAUUGGAGAAGAAAGGGACGAAUUAUAGAAUGUUACACUUCUGUAUUUUAGUAAUAGUACCGCAUAGCAAUCAUUAAACAUUGAAAGUGACAAAGUGGACGAAGAAAAAAAGAAAACUUACGACGAAUAAUAUGAUCUAAGAAAUAUCUGUUUUUAAUCAUUAAAAGUGAAAAGUGAAAAACAAAAUGCAAGUAAUCACGCAAAACAUCUAAGUAUAUGAACUUUACAUCGGCCUGUAUAACAUGCACGGAUUUAGAAAAUGACUUAUAUAAUUACAAUGUAUUUCUUUUGCCAUGGAAAUUUAAUCUAGUCAUGGAUUUUGCUUUUCCCAAAAGGGAUGAACGAGUUAUUCAAUUUACCUUUCUAAUGAUGCAUUUCAAUAGGAUAUAAUAAUAUAUUAAUACUUAAUGCUGCAGAGCAUCGCCGUAUCGGGCAAUCCUCUAGUAAGCUUUAAACUCUUUAAGAAUGGUCUCAGGGACGAAUUUCAAUAGAAAACGUAUGGAAUACAGCCAUGACAGUGGAAUAGAUAUAUUCACAAUAAUAGUUAUAUAAGUUCUGUAUAAUGUGAAUAGGCCUAUGCAACAAUUUGAAAGGAAUAUGGAAACGAAAAGCAAAGUAAAUUUAACGAUGGAUUAGCGUAUGCAAUUCGAUUUUGUUUCAUUACAUAGAAAAGUCUCUUUCCUUACGUCAAUGUGUCGCAAACCGUCAUUACUCUGUUAUUUUCUUUUCUUUACAUUUGAAUACUAUCAUGUCCAUAAGGAGCAAGUUAUGAUUAUCAACACAUUAUGUAAAAGUGGGGAUAAAUGGUUGAAAGGAAUUAGGUUUUCAAAAUGUUCUUGCAGUCUGCCACUUCAAACUAUUUAGCUUCGUAAGGCAUUGAUAAAUCGUGAUGAUAAUUACCCCAAAAUGUUUUAUUAUUGAAUCUGAAAUUCUUGCAUGUGCAUAUGUAUCUUUGUCAUGCUGGUUUUGCAAAUGUACGCUGAAAUAUUUUUCUUGGAAAUAAUUAUGAAUGAAAAUAAAUUCGUGCAAUUUUCAA